AUGUCACAGACAACACCGAAACCCGAUAUGAACGAUACCGACGUAUCGAGCUUCCAGGAGAUACCCGAGGGUGAUCUGAUCAAGAUUUGGCAAUGGAACAAAAUAUCCCCAUCUCCGAUUAUGCGUUGUGUCCACGAGAUAUGCGAAGAAAAAGCACGGAGUCAACCUGAUGCACUGGCUAUUUCAGCCUGGGAUGGCGAAUUGCACUACGGAGAGCUGGUACAGCUCGCCGCGAAACUAGCAAAUUGGCUCAUCCUCUCUGGAGUACGACCAGGCAUGGCUGUGCCUCUCUGCUUUGAGAAAUCGCGGUGGACAAGUGUAGCUAUGCUGGGUGUGCUCAAGGCCGGUGCGGCAUUUGUUAUGCUUGAUACAUCACUCCCCAAACAGCGUCUUCAGGCGAUUGUUGAAAGCGCGAACGCAGACUUGAUCCUGUCAUCUGUUCCAAGCAAGGACAUGGUGGUAUCAUUGGCUAAGACCGUAAUUGCCAUAGAUUCGACCUUCUUCUCGGCAUUGAAUAAGCUCGAAAGACAAGACCCUCCGCCGGUGCACCCAUCGUCAGCCAUGUACUUAACCUUUACAUCAGGUUCUACUGGCGCACCAAAGGGAUUAGUAAUAACACAUACCAACUAUGCAUCAUCUCUCUACUACCAACUGCCACUCCUGGGAUUCACAAAGAGAACCAGGUUCUAUGACUUCUCUUCCUAUGGCUUCGAUGCUUCGUUGAGUCACACCUUUACGAUCCUGGCCGCAGGGGGUUGUUUGUGUGUACCAUCAGAGCAGGACAGGAAAUGCAACUUGGCUCAAAGCAUAUCGUCUCUCCGUGCAAAUGCUAUCGGUCUUACCCCGUCGGUUGCCAGAUUGCUGAACCCUGCUGACAUCCCGACUCUAGAGAUAAUCUUAUUUCUUGGUGAGGCUCUAUCUCUCGCAGACGUUCAACGCUGGUGGGGUAAAGUGAAAAUUAGCAAUAUAUAUGGACCAUCCGAAUGUACUCCCUACGCCCUCAUCAACACCGGCGCGGCGAGCCCGCAGGAGGCCACUCGAAUAGGCAAAGGUGCAGGACUAGUAACAUGGGUUGUCGAUCCAGAUAAUCCUGAUCAUCUACUACCCCUUGGUGAAACCGGUGAGCUACUUCUGGAAGGGCCACUAGUGGGUGAAGGGUACUUGAAUGACGCGGAAAGAACCGCACGAGUGUUUAUUCAUGACCCAGUAUGGCUACGGCAAGGUGCAUCCAAUAUUCCAGGACGAAGUGGACAACGUCUGUAUAAAACAGGGGAUCUUGUCUACUACAAUGACGACGGGAGCCUGAUAUAUACCGGUCGCAAGGAUACACAAAUUAAAAUUCACGGACAGCGAGUGGAACUCGGAGAAAUAGAAUUCUGCCUAGAGCAGCACAUGCCAGAGGCGAAGCAGGUGAUUGUCGAUACAAUUACAGUGAAACAGGAAGAAUCAAGUACAGUGCUGGCAGCUUUCGUGCAGCCACACCAGACAUCAGCGAAUGCCAAUGGACCGGAAAAUCCUCCUAUGGAGAUAUUCCAUGUGCCACGAAACGUCAUACACAUACUAGCUGAGAGCCUGCCAAUAUAUAUGAUACCGUCUAUCUUCUUGUCUAUACGCGACGUUCCCAGAACGAUGUCUGACAAGUCAGACCGGAAAAAGCUCCGGGAAUUGGGUGCUUUGUGGUUCCAGCAAUUUUCUAGGGAGAAAAACCACGUGGUCAAGGGAAAACCAACAUCCCACGUGGGAAUUGAGCUGCAGAAAAUUUGGGGUGGUGUUCUAGGAAUUGAUCCAGAGUCCGUGGGGCUUCGAGAUAAUUUCUUUCGGUUGGGGGGUGACUCGAUUGCAGCGAUGAAGGUCGUGUCCAAGGCCCAACAGGCUGGCCUCGGGCUGACGUUUUCCGAAAUCUUCCAGUAUCCUACAUUUGGUAGUUUGGAAGGUCGGUGUCGUCCUGAGCGUGGAAACCAUGUGGAGACAAUCUCCCCUUAUUCUCUCUUAAAAUCUGGAUGGAAUGAAGCACUUCUCCAGGAAGAUGUGGCCCAGUAUCAGCUUGAUCUCAACACAGUGGAGGACGCUUAUCCUUGCACACCCCUACAAGAAGGCCUCCUGUCUCUAUCCUUGCAAAAUUUGGGAACAUACAUGACCCAAAGAGUUCUGGGAUUGCACCCGACUAUAGACACAAGAGAAUUCUGUUGCGCGUGGGAGAUGAUGGCCCGGAGCACGCCUAUCUUACGAACAAGGAUCAUACAACAUGGCGACAUGGGCUUCUUGCAGGUGGCCUUGAAGGAAGACGUCCAAUGGAUCCAUGCGACAGAACUACAACAAUAUCUUGAAAAAGACAAAACAACCCCGAUGGGCUUGGGAAAGCCUCUUGUACGCUGUGCGAUCGUCACAGACGACAUAGUCAAUCGCCGCUGGUUUGUGCUGACACUUCAUCAUGCUGUUUACGAUGGCUGGUCGAUGCCACUCUUGUUCGAAAGAUUGAACGAUGCAUAUAAGGGCAUGUCUGAGAGACCGACUCAGCCAGAGUUCAAGGCCUUCAUUAAGUAUAUUCAGGGUCAGAGCCACGAACGUGCUGUUGAAUACUGGAGGGAUCACCUUGCCGAAUGUGACUGCGCACCAUUCCCAUCUCUUCCCUCGGCUGUACAGUGGGUUAAGACCAAUAGUGAAAUCACACAGAAGCUACCAUCGAUAAGCAUACAUACACCUGGAGUUACGCCCGCUAUACUUGUCCGAUCAUCCUGCGCUCUCCUCCUCAGUUGCAUGACCAAAUCUAAGAAGGUUGUGUUUGGUAUAACAACAUCAGGACGAAGCGCACCUGUUGCCGGUAUUGAAGAGAUAGUAGGCCCAACGAUUGCGACAAUACCACUCUAUGUAAACAUACAGGAGUCACAAACGGUUAUAGAGUAUCUCACAACCAUGCAGCAGCACAUGACGAGCAUGAUACCUUUCGAGCAGUUCGGCUUGCACAACAUUGCUAAAACCAGCUCCAACGCUCAUCAGGCGUGUAUGUUUCAGACACUUCUCAUUAUCCAACCACAGGAAACUGGAAGGGUCGACAAUAUCUUUGGGAAGUGGGAAGAAUGGCACAAGCCGGAGUGGGACGACACUUAUGCCCUUGUACUGGAGGUGCAGCUUGGGACUGGGCGUGUCAACGCUAGGUUCGAUUCCAGUGUUAUCAGAUCGUGGAUUGUGCAAGACUUACUAGAAGGACUCAACUUUAUGAUAAAGCAACUCUGCACGGCGGUACCAAAUCGAAGAAUAGCAGACAUUGCACCAUUGCCUCCCCCAAGCCUUGAGCGCAUAUGGGAGUGGAAUGUGACCGUUCCAUGCCCGGUGAGAACUACUAUGACUGAGAUGAUUAAAAAACAGGUGGACAAACAGCCGACCGCUCUGGCAAUUCAUGCGUGGGAUGGAGACCUAACAUACGGUCAGCUAGAUCAUCUCGCCACGAGCCUCGCAAUCGAGCUCGUCAAACUUGGAGUCAGUCCGCUCCUACUGGGUCCAAAUAAUGUGGUUCCACUCUGCUUCCAGAAAUCAAAGUGGGCAAUAGUAUCCAUCCUCGGGGUCCUGAAGUCCGGCUUAGGAUUUGUAUUGCUUGACCCUUCUCUACCCGAAUCUCGAUUACGUUCCAUACUUCGAACAGUAGGGUCUAAAACGCUGCUUUCCUCCCAAGCCUGCAUGGAAUUAAGCCAUCGGUUAUGCAAGAUGGCAAUACAAGUUGGUCCAGACUUGUCCACAGUUUCAACUCAUAUGAGAAUUCAUUCCAACGGUGUCACGGGACGAACACAACUACCCUCCAGCCUACUGUAUGCUGUGUUUACGUCCGGUAGCACAGGAACUCCUAAAGGAGUAAUGGUGUCGCACGAGAACUUUUGCUCUGCUCUCCACUAUCAAUCAAGGAUCUUGAACUUUACGGCGAGGUCUACUCUGGUUGACCCCGGUAGUUUUAUGCCUUCAACUCCUGAACCUACCUCUCCAAAAUCAACAAAUUCAAAGCGGCUUGAUCGUGAUGACCGCAUCCGUGUUCUUACUCUUCGUGAUGCUGGUUUUACCUAUCAACAAAUAGUUGAUCAGCUACAGAUUAGCUAUUGUCAAGUUCAAUAUACGUAUCUCAAUCCAAUUGAAGCUGUUUGGAACUGGAUGAAAGACUGGAUUGAGCGAUACUUUUCUGAGGAUGAGCAGUUAUUAUAUGAUCAACUACGUGAGGUCGUACGAGCUGCGUGGGAUGCUUUACCAGAGGUAUUCUUGAAUGAUUUGAUUGAUAGUAUGCCUGCAAGGUGCCAGGCAGUGAUCGACGCGGAAGGUGGCUAUACGAAAAUUGGAAGGAUUGGGAUCCCUGCACCUCUCCACCAUACUAACAAAACUACCGGGGUCAACCAGAGUAGAGUCUUGGAUGGUGCAUCAUAUUCGUUUGAUGCCGCGAUCCAUAAUAUUCUGACUACACUUGCGGUUGGAGGAUGCCUGUGCAUACCAUCGCAACAAAGCUACAGGGGUGAUAUUGGCACUGCUAUAGCUGCUACACGGCCUACGAUCUGUAACUUAACCCCAACGGUAGCCCGUUUGUUAGACCCGCAGAGAGUAUACGACCUCGAGACCUUGAUACUUCUGGGAGAGCCUGUCACAAGGCACGAUAUUGACCGAUGGGAAUCGAGCAAUGUUCAUGUGAUUAAUGCCUAUGGACCUGCUGAGUGCACACCGAUAAGCACUAUCAACGCUAGUCAGUUCAACACAGCAGAGGCUACCCGGAUUGGAAAAGGUGCGGGUUUGAUCACGUGGAUUGUACAUCCUGAGAACCAUAAUCGGCUAGUACCGCCAGGAUGCACCGGUGAAUUACUCCUCGAAGGACCUCUUGUUGGCUUAGGCUAUAUGAACAAUCCAGGAAAGUCAGGAGAAGCAUUCGUGGAAGACCCCGAGUGGCUGCUCUUGGGAUCACCACGUCAUCCUGGCCGCCGUGGCCGCCUUUAUAAAACUGGCGAUCUAGUGCAAUAUAACGAGGAUGGCAGUCUGACCUUCAUGGGGCGCAAAGAUAACCAAGUCAAAAUUCGUGGCCAGCGUGUAGAGCUCGGCGAUAUUGAGUAUCACGUUCUGGCUUCUUUGCCAACGAAGGCGAUCAAGGUUGUUGCCGAAGUCGUUGGACUUGAGAAUGACGGAGAGCCGAAACCGGUGCUAGUUGCUUUCAUCCACAUGGAUAACAAUGGCAUGCCUGCCAGCAAGGAACCAGCAAUGACUGCUAAGACAUACCACCUGACCGAUGUGGUCCGGGAGCGGAUUUCGCGUGAAUUGUCAAUUGUUCCAGACGUCUUUAUCUCGAUGUUGGAACUCCCAGUAACAUCUACUGGCAAGAUAGACCGUAAACAGCUUCGUGACAUCGGCCGCUCACUGCUCUUGAGUGAAGGGCAUGUUUUUGAUAACACAUCUCAUCUGUCGCUCAACGGUGACUUACGCAGUGAAUUAAUCCUGCAUGAUGAGCAACCUGCAUAUACACUAGCUCAAAAGGCGUAUUCCAUGCGUCCUGCAUGGGUCAAGGGCUAUUAUCCACGCACAGAAGGCGGAUUCAGAGAUAUUCUUCUACAUUCGUCUGGUUUGGACUCUGUCAACAUGAUGGAACUCACCUCAUUCAUUUCACGCCAGUUCAACAUCCAAGUCGACAUGCAGUAUGUGGUGGCUAAGUCUACCACUAUCAGAAGCCUAGCCGAGUACGUGCUUCACUAUCAAACGUGCAGUGCGGCCCCUUCCUCCAAAUAUAAUUCAACAGGGAUCGACCUCAUGAGCGAGAUCAACAGACAUGACUCUGGGAUUCGGGCUGCUCAGCUCACACUUUCAGGCAGAAACAGCCCAUCAUUCGAACAUUCAUUUUGUAGAGAUAACGGAUCCUUCACUGUCUUCUUGACUGGCGCCAAUGGUUUCCUGGGUACUCAACUACUCCGCCAACUCCUGUCCCACCGCAAUGUUAGCCGUGUCAUCUGUCUUGUUCGUGGUGAUACAGACGCCGCUGCCAGACAGCGCACCAUCAGUAUCGCUAAAGAAGCCCUCUGGUGGACAGAGCACCACGCAGAGAAGCUAGAGGUUUGGCGUGGAGAUCUAGCAUUACCCAAACUCGGACUUGACCCAAGCCGCUGGGAAAUACUCACUUGUGGUAAAGCAGUAGAUGCCAUCAUACACAACGGCGCCACCGUGCACUGGACGAAAAGCUACGAAGCUCUAGAGGCCGCCAACGUUGGAUCAAGUAUAGAACUUUUGCUAGUCGCACUGAGAUGCCCCGCGAUGAGGUUUUUAUAUAUUACAGGUGGUCGUCCAUGGAAGGCUCAUGAGGAGGGAGAUGUUGUGGCGGAGCUGUCCGCUCCCGAUGCCAUUCCGUAUAGCCAGACGAAGUUGAUCUCCGAGGUUGUGAUCAGGCGGGCCGCAACGCGCAGUUUACCAGGAACCUUUACUUCCGCUACACCAGACAAAGUUGCUGUUAUAAACCCAGGGUGGGUGAUUGGAACACCAACCGAAGGUUAUUCCAACACUACGGACUAUAUAUGGCGGCUAGUGGCUACAUGCGUCAAACUGGGUGUAUAUAACGCCGACGACGCCGAGGGAUGGCUAUCCAUUUCCGAUGCUACUACUACUGCGGAGGAAGUUCUCGAGGCAACAUUCAGCACGAGAAGUGAUAUUCUAGGUGAUGAAUAUGCUACACAUGGCAUGGCCUGGAGGGAGUUCUGGGCAAUACUGGAGGAUAUGGGGUACAAGCUGGAAGGAGUAAGUCUAGCUUCGUGGAUGGAUCUUGUCGGAACAGAUAUAGAAGAUGCAAGAGAGCAACACCCACUUUGGCCAUUGAAACAUGUAUAUAGAUGGUUGCAGGGAAACGAGAGAGUGGCUGGUAGGCCACGAGGCAAAUGUGGUGAUACACCGGUGCGGUUGAAGAUGGCUGUUAGGAUGGGCGCUGAGUUCCUUGUCAGGGUUGGGUUUUUACCCGUACCCCCAGCUACUGCUUCAAGGAAAGAGAUGGAUUGA